AUGGAGAAUCUGCAAUUUGAGACAAGAACUUGUGAAAUAGUCGUAAGUUGCUUUGAGAAAGAGAUGAAAGAUAUAAAAGCAAGUGUUCUUGGAUGUGUUAAAGAGAUUGAAGAAAUCAAAAAUGCGGUUGAUUGUUGUGAGAAAGAUGUCAAAGAAGUUGUAAGUGAGAUACAUAGCUUGAAGAACAUACUUGUAUGUGGUAUUUUCAUGGCUGUUUUUUACUACUACUUCGUGGCUUAA